GAAGCUGUGGGAGGCUCGCUCUCGCUCGCUGAGGCUCCUGUCCUGGGGGAGGGGCUGCACUUCUCCCGGCCUUGGCAGCAGACUGGGAGCCAGGAGAAAGGCGAAGCAGCUGCAGGACUGUCCAGCAGAGCAAAGGCUCUGUUGAGAAAGUGGCUUGGGUGAGACAGCCGGAUCGCAGGACCAGAGCACCACAGUUCACGUGGCUGAAGGGAGUGGCCUUCUGCUCGGCGUCACUGCGGAGGCGGAGCCUUCUUGGAGCUGUGCCUGUGAGUUCUACUCUGCCAGCCUUGGGGGAGGAGCCGCAUUUUACCAGACUGCAGCUGACAAGAAGCAUCAAGCCUCGACUGAUAUCAGAGGCUCAUGACCUGUGGGAACUCUACAUGUGAUUCGACUUGAGCCCAGAAAGGCAGUGUGACUACAUACGUGCCCCCAAGGGUAAAAGGGCUGCCUGGAAAUCAACUGGCUUGAGAGUCAAGAUAGUUGGAUCACAUUGCAAGACUGUCACCAUCCAUGUGACAGAGGUAUCUUCCAGAGUUCUUAUUCAAACAACAUGUUCAAGUAUCCUGGGGACAUAUUUGUGGAAGAAAACAGUGCACAUAAACCAUAAACUCUUUGUGGCUCCAAACCAAAAGAAACUUUAAUAAGACUGUUGUUUUGAUAGCACUUGUAUUUGCAGACACAAGGUCAACCAAUCUUUGUAAUACUAACUACUUGUCACACUAAUCUAAAUCAUAAUGGAUGGUGACUAUGUCCUAUGUUUUUGGAAAGAACAGUUAUGGCCAGCAGAAGUCUUAUGUAGGUCUGAAAUUGCGUCAAGUAGUAAAAGGGUAACGGCAUAUUCUCUGGAAGUUCAGUUACUUCCAAUAGGUGAGAAAAUUACCGUGAUCAGCAGAGACACAAUACCACUAACUAAAUCCGAGGUUGAAGCUAUUUUGGCCUCACUAGCAGAACAGUCAGAGGUCAAAGUUCUCCCUAGGGAAGAGACAGCCUAUGAAAAAUCGCUGAAAAUGGCGCUGGAAGUGGUGACAGAGAUAAAUGAGAGCCAGGAAAGCAUGCCAGAUGAAGAAGACACCGCUAGAGCAUCUGAAAGUGAACCGGUGGAGGGGUCUGAUUCACCUCCCCCUAAAAAGUAUCGGAAACUGGAAAGCAGCCCCCAAGAAGACUCAGCCUCCAUUUUACUGUGCUCAGAGAGUGAUGAUUCCCUAGCUGACGAUAAGAUGCAAGUGUACACCAUUUAUGGGGGUAUUCCAGGUGAAGAGGAUUCAAAGCCACCCCGGGGCUUCAGCUGGUACCCAGUUUACCCUUCGUUUAUAAACGAUGAUGAUGAUGAUGAUAAAAAAGAAGAAAAGAAAAAGGUUGACAUCUCAACAAUUAUGUCUGUGAAUUUAUCAUUCAAAGAGGAAAGUGAAGACAUUAAAGAAGAAAAGUUUAUUGUAUCAGCAGACGAUCUGGUUGUAGCCAAAGAAGAGAUCCAAGGCAUGUACCCAGAAGCCCCAGCAGGUUCCUCUGAGUGCUCCACCUUCCCAGAGGAUUAUAUGGACGAUCCUGGAGAGGGCCCAUCAUAUCUGAUUCCAUGCUUCUAUGGCAGCCAGAAUCUCUAUGGCAGCCAGAAUCUCUAUGGCAGCCAGAAUCUCUGUGGCAGCCAGAAUCUCUAUGGCAGCCAGAAUCAAUCUUCUGUGGAAUCAGAAAUGGAUGCUGAGACCUCCCCUGAAGGCUGCUCAGGGGACUCUCAGGUUUCACUUCCUGUCUGUAGUAAUCCAGUCAACAGUGACCUACUAAUUCAGAGACCAGAUUUUGAAGAUCUUGAGGAAGAAGCUCAAGCUUCUGACAAGCUACCUUCUCUAAAUCCUGUUAGUGCAGCUGCACUAGGCAAUGAUGAAGAGAAUGAAGAAGAGCUUCCGCGCUUCCUUCUCCGCUACGAGACGCGGGCAUUUGAACCCGGAAUGAUAGUGUGGUUUAAAUAUCAAAAAUGCCCAUUUUGGCCAGCAGUGAUAAAAAGCAUUAGGCGAAAAGAGAGGAAAGCAAGUGUGCUUUUGGUUGAGGCAAACAUGAAUCCUCAAAAGAAAGGCGUUAGAGUCUCUUUGAGAAGAUUAAAAAAAUACGACUGUAAAGAGAAGCAGGAACUAGUGGAGAAAGCUAGGGAGGAGUAUGGUGAAAGCAUCGAUUGGUGCGUGUCGCUGAUUUGCGACUACAGAGUUAGACUAGGUUGUGGAUCUUUUAAGGGCUCAUUCUUUGAGUACUAUGCUGCUGACAUCAGUUACCCAGUCAGGAAAAUAAUCAAUCAAGACACCUUCAGAAAUAUCUUUCCAAAGCUACCCAAUGAAGACACAGGGGAGCAAAUGUCUGUGACUUCCCAUGCCAAGAAAAUAUCUUUCCAGAAAAUUCUCCCUGAUCGGAUGAAGCCUGCUCGGGACCGUGCUAACAAGAACCUGGUCAAUUUCAUUGUCAAUGAAAAAGGUGCAGAGAGCCAUCUCUUGGGCAUUUUAAAGGGCACAAAAAAAUCCAGAUGGCUGAAAUCAUUUUUGAAUGCCAAGAGUUUCACACCCUGUAUCGAAACAUACUUUGAAGAUGAAGAUCAACUAGAUCAGGUGGUGAAAUAUCUACAAGAAAUCUAUAAACAAAUCGAUCAGAAGAUGCUCACUCUGAUAAAAGAUGACAAAAUUAAGUUUAUCUUGGAAGUUCUUCUACCAGAAGCGAUUAUUUGCUCCAUUUCUGUAGUUGAUGGCUUAGAUUAUAAGGUGGCUGAGGCAAAGUAUCUGAAAGGACCGUCCCUUGGCUAUAGGGAGAGAGAAUUAUAUGAUUCCAAAAUCAUAUUCGAAAAGAGACGGAGGUCGUCAGCAAACGAAGCUCAGUAAUUAUGCCAAGAGUUGAAACCGUAAGGGAAGCUAGAGGAAACUUUGGAAAAGUAAUCAUCUAGAAUUUCCAACAUGUAAAUAUUGGCGAAAAUAUGUGCAGGGAGGGUCUUUGAAUUACAAGUCCUUUUAUUUUUGGAAGAUCUGUGCAAUCUGCAGAUACCACUACAUCCAUCUUUAUUUUCUUGCAGUUUUUCAGAAUCAGCAUUGUCAAUAUAUUUUUAGCAGUUUAAUUUCUUAAUACAUUUUAGAAUGAAUAAUUCUUAAGCGAUUUUAAGGGAAAUUACUAUUUUGUUCUAUGAUAUUUUGUGUCUUUGCUGUGUAGGUAAAUACAGUAUGCACAUUCAGUUUGAUAAAAUUGCACUGGUGUUAGAUUUUAAGCUAGAGAAUUAGAGGAGAUGUCGAAAACAAAUAUUAGUUAUAUAUUUUUUUGCUCAGUUUUUUAAAUAAAAUACUAAGUUUUCUCUUAAGAUAGCUGAAUUAUUUUUCUUGUCAUGCUCAUUUAUUUUUUGGAAAAUUAUCUCUAAAUCAUAGAACCAAAGAUAGACUACAUGUUGCUACAUGUCAUAACUAACCACAAUCGCUUUUGCAAGGAAACAAUCUAAAAUUAAAAAGUAUAUGGGUUAUCUGCAUGUAUUCUGUGUGUGUGUGCAUGUACAACAUCUCAGCAUGCAGAAAAUGACUUUUGGCAUCUAUGAACAGAAUUGUUCAUUCUACACUUCUCUGAAAUUCCAGUUUGAGGAGUGUCUGUCUUUUGAUGCUGAAUCGUUUUUAAAACAGAUGAGUUUCUGGUUAUCUUCAUAAUUGUGAGUAGGUCUUAUUACUAUAGCUAUCUGAGCACAUGUAGAAAACAGUUAUAAUUAGCAUAUCAACAGUACUGCCCCUCCACACGCCAGGGUUGCUGCGUCAAGGUCUACCUAGUUAGUAUAAACUAGAAAAAGCAAGCACUGUGUUCAGAAUCCUGUCUCCAGUUAGAAAUCCAUUUGUCUCAAACCAAGCAAGCUUUAGCACUUAGCUUAUGUAUAGAAUGGUUCCAACUGGUUCCAAUAACAUAAAUGCCAACUGGUAAAUCAUUCCAACCUACUAGAUGGACCAGAAUCUGGAAAUCUGGAAAAAAUGUUACAGCAAAAGUUCUUUACUUGCUACAUGUGGCAGUUGUUCUGUAUAUGGUUAUGUAUACAAAAUCAGAUGUUCUUGUAACUUGAAACAAGAUUUUUUAUAAGUCUUAGAAAAGCUAGUAUAUUAAAAAAAAAAGCUUGAUGGGAAAAGAUGUAUUGAGGGUGUAGACACAAACCUGUCUACAUUUUCACCUCAUAGAGUGAGACAACUUUCCCUCUUGGGCUGUUCUUCUGUGUUCAUUUCACAUGACUAUAUGUUUAUGUACGAUUUGCAAAGUUUUGGUAUUUGAUUUAUAAUGAAACCGUGAUAUCUUUCACCUUAUAGGUUAAUUUAGUUGUAUAGCAACAUGGUGGUGGUUUGCGUAAAUUAAUAUAUGUACAUGCAUAUAUAUAUAUAUAUAUGCACACACAAUUUGUUUGAAACUUUUGCUCAUUGUCAUCAUUUAAUUCUUGUUAGGAAUUGUCAUUCUAAAUAAAUGCUUACU